AUGUUGGGUACUGGAUACCUAGGUAGCCCAGAUCCCCACACUCUCGACACUGCGUUUCCACACGCGGGCAGCUCUCAACCAUCUGCCAUGCCGCCUUUUAAGGAGAGACUGGGCAUGAGGAUGCAGAAGGUUCAGAGCAUCUUCCGGCCAUCAAAAAGACGCAUCGCAGAAGAUGAUGCAUCAAGCCAACCCCCGAAGCAGCUCCGGACAAUGCUAGGACCCACCAAGAAAGCCGUACAGUAUCCCCCCUCUCUGUCAGCGCCGUCGACGUCACCAGCGGGCUCUUCGAAAGCAAACGAGCUUCCUAGCACGUCUCCCAGCGGGGUCAGCAAUACUCUCGCCUACCCAACCAUGCGACCACUUUGUAAUGCACCCCCCUGCAAUAUCAGUGGCAUUAUCAUGAAUGUCUUGAUUGUUACGUUAUCGCAAACAUUGUGGUUUGUGCUAAGGGGGCGUUUGGAACGGAUCCGGGAUUCAAGAUAUCUUCGACCAUUCUGGUUACUGACCGGGUUAACAGCUUUCAUCAUGUCGGCCGACCCACCAGGAUCAAGGAGGGGCAAUCCGAUCGACCUGGACGCACCUCCAUCGCGGUUUUUACGCAGCAAUUCCUCGAGCCAGUCAGACAGCAGCUCUAGCAGCCUGAUAUACGACGAUGACGACCAGCGUCAAGUCUUGAACGACGAGGCCAUAGCCCGCAUUCUUCAAGAGGCGGAACACGAAUACAAAAACCAGCCAGAGUCGAGCCCCCAGAUCUUCUCGCCUGUGACAGAGGAAGAGACACAGAGCCAUCUGGCCGAGUUCAGGGAGAAAUACCACAGGUGGAAGUGCUGCCAAUGUGGCAAGAGCAAUGACAUGACAGCAGAUGUCCUUGUUCAGAAGACAAAGUCCAUGCUCAAAGCAGGCAAGUCGUUUCUAGGGAUGAUCCACCCUUUUACAAAAUGCAGAUACUGUGGCUGUGAAGGUUGUUCGGCCUGUGGUACUCGAGGUACAUCGUUGGCCCGACAGAGGGCCAACGCGGUCCGAGUAACUGAUGCCAUAAGAGCGUCCUGGUGUUGCCCCGAGGGGCGCGCCUUUGUGAUUUUCUCUUUACUAUGCGGUUACGAGGGACCUACAGCCACGAAGAUUUCUACGCCUACAUCGAAAGAACAGCCAAAGCAACAGCAAAAGCUACAGCCCCCUCAACAGCCCCCUCAACAGCAGACAGCUUUUGCAAGGGGCACUGGCUAUGGACACGACUCGUACAGUUUCAAUCCUUUCAAAGGGCAGCCUCAGCAGUUCCACAAUUCCAAGCCAACGCCCGAGUCCGCAGAUGCAGUUUCAUAUUUCUUGACACUUGCAGAAGUGCUUCCAUCCGUGGAUAAGAAAGAGUUUGAGUCCACACCUGGCCUACGGGUCAUGAUCCAUGCAUCUCCCAUGAUGAGACUCGCUUGCGAGAUUUUGCGAUCAGCUGCUAUUGGCGAGAUGGAUGCGAGGGCUGGCAUUAUCAAGGCAGCCCUUCUCUUUGUUCACAGGUUGGCGCGAAACUGGGACGCCGCCUCGUGCAUAUUCCACCAGCAGAUCCACUUCCCACCCUCGCAACAGUUACUAAUGGCUUCAAUGGCUUCAAUGCCUCCUUCCAGGCAGGCUAUAUCAAGCAACCAAAUUAAACCCGAAACUGCACAAUCUGUUUAUACGGUAGUGGAGAAACUAUCUGUAGUUUGCCGAGUCUUCAUGGAUGGUUCCAAGAGCUUUGGGUCUGCGGAUGGCGGUGACGAAGCAAUCUGCAUUGCGCGACAAGUCUGCGACCUGCAAGACGUUCUUCAUCAUCUGAAACCCGCACCGGAAGACGACAAGGCUCGCUCGGGUCCCCGUGCGUCAGCUUCUACAACGAGCACUGUCGUCACACGGUCCAAAAACAAGGAACUCGAAUCGAUGGCAGCAGCGGCUAAGAUGACCGACUACCACAAGUUACAUGGUGUGAUGGGAAUCAAGGAUGAUCUUUUGUUGGCCAACUUUUACACGGGUUUUCAAAACCAAGUCGUGAACUCCAAUGGCCAGCGGAUGAGAAAGCUGUUUGCGCAGAUCUCAUCGCUACACGCGGACCUUCCCGACGGCAUCUAUGUCCGCUACGGCGAGUCACGACCAGACAUGCUCAAAGUGUUAAUCAUCGGGCCUAAGAACACGCCUUAUGAGCAUGGCAUCUUCCUCUUUGACAUUCUUUGUGGCUCGGACUUUCCCACGGCGCCACCAAAGGUGCAGUUUCUGACGACAGGCGGUGGCAAGGUCAGAUUCAACCCAAACUUGUAUGCAAACGGAAAAGUUUGCCUGUCACUGAUCGGGACAUGGAAUGGACAGGGAUGGGUGCCAAACGUUUCGACAAUCCUACAGGUUUUGGUUUCUAUACAGUCCAUGAUCUUUGUCGAGCGGCCAUACUAUAACGAACCUGGUUACGAAAUCGUACCCAACCACGCCGGCAGCGAAGCGUACGAUCGCAACAUAGAAUGCAAUACGGUCUAUCAUGCCAUCAUGCCUUGGCUCCAGGCUCUGGGCAAUUCCCCUUCUACAUCCCAAUACUCUAAUACUGCCAGCCCGGCCGAUUGCCAAAUCUGGGGUUACAUUGCCUUGAAGCACUUGCAGCUCCAGAAACCAGCAAUACUGGCAAAGGUGAGGGAGUGGAGUAGGAAGAGCAGCUCAAGAGUGACGGGUUCCAUGGUGAGCAUGCUUGAGAAAGCCCUCAGUGGUUCCCUGGCUGUCCCCGAAGUUCCAGCUGUCGUUAAGCAUGCUGGUACUCCAGCUAAGACUGGACAAACUGGUACGGCACCGAAUCAACUGGCCAAGUAA